AUAGCCACCUUGGUUUUCGGCAGUUGGGAGUUCAUGACUUCAACAUGGCUGUAUCUCUGAUAUGUAGUAACACACUGAGCAGGGUUAGCUCCGUUUUAAACAGAGAUGUCAAGCAGUUUGGCAAGAAGUUCAUGUUUGAUUGCAGUGAGGAGACCUGCUGGAAUUCUGACCAGGGAGAGUGUCAGUGGGUGCUCCUGGAGUUUCCUGUGCCUGUCAGCAUGUCUGAGCUCAAACUGCAGUUCCAGGGAGGAUUUUCAGGAAAAUCUUGCAAGUUAGAAGGCUGCAUUAAAGAUGGGAAUCUGGAACACAUUAUGGACUUCUAUCCAGAAGACAACAAUGCUUUGCAAAGCUUUCCCAUUCAAAAUGCCCCACUGGUGCAGAAGCUUAAAAUAGUAUUUGAAAACAGUACGGACUUUUUUGGAAGAAUAAUAGUUUACUCUUUGGAUGUCCUGGGAGAACGAGCUUCUUGAUGUUUGGAAAAGAGAACACGUGAGAGAACCAGACUGCAAAAAACAGCAAACAGGCAACAGCUCGCUGUGAUGGACAGAUCACCUGACUCUCCUUACACUCUUUCAUUCAGCACAGAUGGACUGUGUUUUUUUUUUUUCUUUGGUAUUAAUUUCAUACAUCGGGGAUCAAGUGUAUUUAUCUGCUCACCAAUAAGUAAUUUUUUUUUU